AGGAGGCUGUGGCCUUCACACUCCACCUUGUUCUUCCUGCCCUCGGCCAUGCUGGGCCAUUCUGGACCCUGGCCGGCAAGGCUCCUGCUCUGUUUUCUGCUAGUAAGCGGCUGCUUCCUACAUAAGAGGAGGCGGUGACAAGUCUUUGAUGGGAAUGGGGGAUUCUUUCUCUCUCCCACACACGUAUUUAUGGUAUUUCCUUACAUACUGCCUCGUCCUGAAAUUUGGGGGAUUUACUAUAAAAGCGUAGAAAAACUGCUUUUAUAACUUCCCAUCUCCAACCAGCAAGACUCCGAAGGGAUCACAAAAACCAGGCAGCCGGACGCUUCGCGCGCACCAAGCGGUCUCUGUUGGGCGACCCCACUCCCACCCUGCACCUUCGGUCUUCUCCCACCAGGUCUCGUACGGUCGAGGCCACCGGAGCAUGCCGGCCCAGGUGGGCGGCAGCCAGAACGCUCCGAGGCCCGCCGCGAAGCCAGCCGGAGUUCUGCGGGCUGCAGGAGGAGCGUCCCGGCAGGCAGCGAUCCGCGUGCGGCUGGUCCCGCGGCGCCAACGGAGCGGCCGUUGCCGGGGCGACCGCUGGACGCCCGGCCUGGAGCAUGGCGGCGGCGGCGGUGGCGCGCAGGGUGCCGCUGGGCAGGGAGGCGCACGGCGUCUACAGCCUCUGCUUCGGCGCGAGCGGCGCGCAGCUGGCAGCCGGCUUCGGCGACGGGGCCGUGCAGGUAGCGGGGCCGGGCGGCGGGCGCUCUAAGCCAGGGCCGCCGCUGCACGAGCUCACGCCGCUCUCCCCGCAGCUGGUGGACGCCGGGACGGGCGCGCCGGGACCCUGCCUGAGGCCGGGCCGGCGUCCGCGGCAGGCCGUCACCGCGCUCGGGUUCCACCGCGCCAAGCCCGGGCUGCUGCUGGCCGCCGGAGCCGACGGGGUCGUCGUCCUCUACGACCUGCGCGCGGGGAGCGCCGCGGCCUCUCUGACCGAGGAGGAGAAUGAGAUCCACGCGCUGGACUUCUGCCGCGACGGCAGCGCCUUCGCCACGGCUGGGAAAGACCGGCACAUCCGCCUCUACGACAGCCACACCCACCAGCUCGUCCACGUGGUGCGCGCCCCCGACUUCAUGGCCGGGGAUGAAUUUACGCCCUUCAGCGGCCAUUCCCGGCGGAUCUUCGCGCUGCGCUUCCAUCCCAGCGAGUUGCACCUUUUCCUGACCGGCGGCUGGGACAACUCCGUCAAGGUUUGGGACAAGCGCGUGCCCAAAGGGGCGCAGAGCGUGAUCAACGGGCCCCACAUCUGCGGUCCUGGGAUCGAUAUCAAGGGAGAACAUAUCCUGACUGCCUCCUGGGUUCCUCACAAUGCUCUGCAACUAUGGGACCUGCGGAUGUCCCGGCUGUGGCAAAACGUGCCCUUUCCUGGCAACCCCACCCAGGGAGAAUUCCUCUACUCAGCCCAGUUCUGCACUGAGGACGUGGUGGUGGCCGGGGGCAGUGGUACCAGUGGUGCUGGGAUUAUCCACACUGGAACAGGCCAGGUCAGUUGGCUGCCUACUUCUCUGCCUACAAAGUCUCUGCCAUCUACUAGAAGCAGUUUCUCCCAGGAAGCUCAUCUGGCUGGAGCAGGCAGUCCUGAAGGUACCUUGGCGCCAAGCCAUAGGCUGCUUUACAAAUAAAAAUUAACAUUUUGAAUUGCAUCUGGGAACCUUCCGGCACCAACGCAGGGCCUGCAAAAUGUUGGUAACCUGUUGAAAGUGAUGAGCAGCCUGUUCCUGAGAAAGUUGACUCUUUCUGCAAGUGUAGAAAGAGCCCUUGUUGGGCUCAAGCGGCAUUAUUUAUUUAUACACAAACAAACAAACAUUGCCUUAACUCAAUCUUGUUAUAUUGCUAGAGAUAAAACUGUUAGUAUUUUCACUGGCUAUAAGUAUGUUUUUGGUAUUUACCAUGGUAUUGGUGCCUUGUGGAAACAGAGGGUUUUUGGCCUUCUCAGGCACCCACACAGUCCUGGUCCUUUCACUUUUAGAGGUGCGUCUUCUCUCAUCAGCUGUCAUUCAUUGUUCCUCUUAUCAACGCAAUGACCCUACUACCACCAAAGGCAACUACUGUGCUGAUUGGGUUGCCAAGAGGGCUGAUCAAACACCUUUCUCUUUUUCAAUAUUUGCAUCUGCAUUUCAUGUUCAAAUUUCUCUCAGAUGUGAGUCCGCUACUUGCCAACGGCUCAAGGUUCCUUCUGGAUAGUUUCUAUUGAUGAACAAUUGUUCCACACACUCUUCUUGUCUUCUGGCUCAGUAACUAUAUGCAGAAGGACACUGUGGCACCCAAACUAUUGUAGAUGCCAUUCAACGAGACUGAUUCGCUCUUGGAAUCUAGGUAGAAGCUUCUGGAAUGCCUUAUGUGCCAAGCUUCUAGUGCUUCUUCUCAGUCAAGGACUCAGAAAGGGGAUGCAUCCAUUUUCUUUUCUCAUAUUUACAAAGUGAUUUUAUUUCUUUGACUAACACACAUGGAUACAAGUUUGUUUGGGUGAUUCCUGGCCCACUCACCUUCUGGCUUGAGGAGCCCUUAUCGCUCAUGCCCAUGGCAGUGGUCUUGGGGGGAAUGGAGAGCCAACUGGAAAAUUAACAUUUUACUGGGCAAAUUUGUCAAGAGCCACAGGUGUUGCCUCUUGUAUGAUUUCAGUUGAGAAAUAGACACCCCCCCCCCAAGAUUUUGGCCUGUCUUCACCUGAAAUAUUUGCCCAUCCUCCUUGUACAACUCAAGGUUUAGAUGCUCAUUCCUUGGCCCUCAUUACAGGAAAUUACUUUUUGAAUCCAUGUAUUUUUUCUCUGAGCAGGCAAAUCCAGCUUCUUGUGAAAAAGGGAAGCCUUCCCUUUGGGGACCGUGUCCAUAGGAAGCUGGGUUUCUUUCUGGAAGACCACAUCAUGGCAGUCCAGCUGAGGUGGGCCGUCCCAAGCCCCGUGAACCACUUGUGCCUUUGGGAAGGUGGCUGAAGGACCACAUGGUCUGUCACACCUACCUGAAGCUGCAUGACUGCAUGCAGUCCAGUACAAAUGAUUGGAUCUCAGCCUGUGUCAGCCUCAGCUUUGCCUGCUUCAGCUGCCAUAAGAAACGGGGGAGGGAUUAGUUAUGGGGUGAAGGGAGGGGAAAGAGGCAGGAGGUGGUUUUUUUCUUUCCACUGUAGGAUGUGUCUUCCAAGGAAUUGAAAGUGGAUCUUCAAAGGGAACGGCUGACCAACUGCCCUACAUUCCUGAUGAAUGAUGCUGCCAGACGUGAUGCCACCUGACCUUUGGGAGACCUUUGGAUUGGCUGAUGACCAAUGGACAAGGGGGGGGAGAAGCUUAGUAGAUGCUAUUUCGUGCGGUUUGCUCACUUCCAGCUUUACCUGGGUUGCUAUCAUUUCAUAUUCAGUAAAAGUACUAAAUUCUUCAAAA